GAGCGAGAAUUGGGCAGCGUACGGUACCUACUCGCCGUCAAAGAAAAGACUUCAAUUUGUUUAAUUCCUGAUCCUCACCGCGACAGUAACUUUGACGCGACGGUACGUGAUUAGGUGAGAGAGAGAGAGGUUGUGUUUCUUCUUUUUUUAGUGCUCACGACAACACUUGAACCCCCAAGAUGGCGGAUCCUGGAAUGAUGAUGGAAUCCUCAGAGUCUGCUGGACCACGUCUAAACCUUGAUGAACCUAUGUUUGAUCAGAACCUCUACACGGGUCGAGCGAAACACUUCUUCAUGGUCACCAACCCUCUUAAUGUCCUACUCUCCAGUGCGCAGUUAGAUGAAGCCAAGAAACUAGUCCAGUUAUACAGGGAAGGCAAAGAGCCAGCAGGAACGUCAAAUGAUGAGGUCUGGACAGCGAAAUAUCGCUACGAUUCUGCAUUCCAUCCCGACACGAAAGAGAAGAUGAUGCUGAUUGGUCGAAUGUCCGCCCAGGUCCCCAUGAACAUGUGCAUUACAGGCUGUAUGCUGACCUUCUACAGAACAACCCCUGCAGUAUUAUUUUGGCAAUGGUUUAAUCAGUCCUUCAAUGCAGUAGUCAACUACACUAACAGAAGUGGAGAUUCACCGAUCCCAGUCUCGCAACUGGGGAAAUCAUAUGUAUUAGCCACCACAGGAGCCGUAGGAACAGCCAUCGGUCUCAACAUGUUAGUAAAGUCAGCCCCAGCCAUCAUUGGUAGGAUGGUCCCAUUUGCUGCAGUGGCAGCGGCAAACUGCAUCAAUAUACCCAUGAUGAGGAGCGCAGAACUCUCUAAUGGUAUCCCGGUCUUUGACGAGAAUGGCAAUCGGGUGGGGAACUCAAAGAAAGCAGCAAAGAGUGCCAUCACGCAGGUCGUAAUAUCAAGAAUCUGCAUGGCCAUGCCAGGCAUGCUUAUACCUCCAUUCAUUAUGAAUCAACUCGACAAGGGAACAUUUCUCAAGCGCUACCCAUACCUCAAUGCCCCUAUACAAGUAUCAUUGGUCGGCCUCAUGCUAUUGUUUGCAACGCCACUAUGCUGUGCUCUGUUCCCACAGAAAAGCUCAUUGCCUGUGAGGAGUCUUGAAGAGGAUAUACAGGCAAAUAUACAGAAGCGCGGUGGCGGUAUAGACAGGGUAUACUUCAACAAGGGACUCUAAACGCUGUAGGUGUUGCCAAUUUGCUUGUAUGCCGUGCUCAGGGGAAAGCCACCGAUCCAGUGCUGGUCUACAUUGGUUCUAUUUAUCGCUGCUGGUGCUUGGGUUGAAGUAUAGGGAAAUAGGUUGGCCAUAGAUGUUACGAAAAUAAAAUUGUCAGGAUUUAUUUAUUUUUUAUUAAUCCAUAUAUAUAUUUAUAAUGCAUUUAUUCCACCGAAGAAUGGACAAACCCUAGACAUGAUGAGUAGUACGUACCAUACAUCAUAAUAACAAUUCAGUAAAUGCGCUUUCUUUAUUUCAUGGCUUACAUAUCAUCCUGACAUACAGGAAAGUCCAAAAUGUCUCCAUAUUUCACAGGCUAUACAUGUAGCACUGAAACUUGUUUAAGCAAGUAAAUUUAGCAAUUAUAAUUUCUUUCAUUUUUCAUGAUUAGUUUUAUGUAUUAUCAAUGGCAGUAGGUAAAAGCUUUCUUCCAGCAACCUAAUAAAUAAGGGUGAUCUGUAAGUACCUUGUGCUUUGCAAUAUAUGUAUUAAGGACCUAGGUGUAUACUUUCUAAAUGCUGCCUGCUUUGUCCAGUCAAAGCCAGUAAUCCAUGUUAUUGGCCCAAAUAAUUUGCAGUGGUGGUUUUGAUUCCAUGGUUUAUGCAGAAAUUGUGUGUAAAGUUAUUUAAGGCACAUCAUUGAGAAAGGUAAAAAAAUAUUCAUGCUUGUGUUGAAGGACACUAAAAUAAAGAUUUUAUUUGGGAUCCAUAGUUUGUUUAAAUCAGUUUUAAAGAAAAAUAUUGUCUGUGAUAUUUGCAAUAAUAUAUAGUUACAGUGAUUUUCCAUUUCAAACAAUUGUCUAUUCUGUUGUGAAACCUUUAAUUCCAUUUCAGACACGCGUAAACUGGAAAGUCCAUUUUAUCACAGAAUAUGUACGGAACACAGCAAAAAACAGGAACUCUGUUUUGCAAAGGUAUUUUGACAUGAAAAAAAGUAAAGAACCAAAAUGGAAAACGGAUAAAUUGAAAAUCACUGUCCCUGCUCCAAAGCAAUAGGAACAAGACUGAAUUUACAUUACAGCUCUGUUCAACAAAAUUGUGCAUAACUAUUUAUCCUUCUCAAUGUAUGUACCAAGUAGUGCAAAAUCAAAACCACCACUGUAAAUUAAGUUCAUUAUGUUGCAAUGUAUUCUGUGGCCAGCUAUCAGCAUGAUGUAUUGUUAUGAAUCAAUUUACAUAUUUUCACAGUACUGUAAGUAGAUAUAGCUUCUUUGUGCCUGUCUUUUGGACUUGUAGUUGUAAAAACUGUAAAAUACACAUCCAAUGCAUGUAUUUUAAAAUCUUGUCGAGUAAGCACAAGUGAAAUAAUCAUUGUCCACAAAGUACAUUGUUGUGUACUGUGUGCCAUUUUAUAUGAAAUAAUCAAACAUCACUACAAGUAUUGACACUGCUUACCGUAAAUACUUGGAUUGAAAUGAGUUUCAAGAAAAAUUUUAAAAAACCCCAAAACAGCUGCUUUGAAAAUGAUGCAAAGGCUGAAUUAUUAUAGAGCACUUUAUAAUUGUUUUGUAUGCUCUGAAAAAAAUUGUGACACUCUUAAAUCUUGCCAUUGUGAUCAUGUCAUCAGUAAAACUAAUAUUGCUAUGGGAGUACACACAUGAAUAUGUUGCAUAUGUGGGAUAUGUCUAGGUCAAGGUGGAAACAAUUUUAACAUUUUUUAUGAACUGAAAACAGGUUUUACAAUGCAAAUUAUUCAAUGAUUAGAUUUCCAGCCAUUCAUUUUCAUGCAGUUGUUUUUAUAUCAUUUUAACAGAACCCCCCCCCCCUCUCCCAUCUGUUUAAUCAUAAUUUCCUUGAUGAUGAUUAUUAGAGUUGCCUUUGGAGCAUUUUCACAUUUGAAAUAUUAUCAAUGACUAGGAGUGGCGAUUUAUAAAUAUUUCUGAAAUCUAGGAAUGUAAAUAAGUGGUAAGUAUACUAGUAGUUGAAAAUGUUUGCUCCGACUCCUAAAGCAUUUCUACAAGAAAUUUCAAGCUCAAUUUGAUUGCUCGUCUUGGCAACCCAAGUAUUUAAAAAAAAAUAAAUAAUGCACUUUUCAACUGAUGAUCUUUUUAGAUGCUCUGCCCAGCUGCCAUAUGAGUCAUACAUGUACAUGUAUAUGUUUCUUAUAGAUUGAAUUUUAAGAUGUACUGUAAAGUGUGUGAUAUUCAAAUUGCUGUUUUGAGUGUAAAAUUUCAAUUUUCUGCUUUAAAGUGUAAAACGUUGGUGCUGUAUAAAACAGUCAUUUCGGGGCUCCAUUACACAGAGUUUAUAGUUAAUCAUACAUAGUUGAUUUGUAAGAUUGAUUGCAUAUGAUAAUCAAUGCAAUUAAUCAUCAAAUUCAACCAUAUGAUCAAUUGUGACUCUUUAUGUUAAAUGGCCCUGAUGAAUAUUGCUGGAGUGGAUAUGUUUUUAUUAUGUAUAAUUAUGAAAAAUUAUCCUAUGCAGUUAAUAAUGCAAUAAUUUAGAUAUCUCAUUAUGAAUCUUGAAUAUAAACUUUAAUUUUAAAUUGAAGCUGUAUAUUGGAUGAGCCAAUGAAAUGCCAUGUUUUGUUAUAGCAAUGUUUAGAAAACAGGCCCAGAUUUCAGCUUAGUAAUGAAUAUCCACUUGCAAAACAUUUAGAGUGAACAUAUUUUAUGUGAAUAUUCCAGUAAGCAAAUUGGAUUUGCACUGAGUUUAGUGAAUCAUGAAAUCUUGUCAUCUGCUGUGAUUGAUAUGUUAAUGUUAUUCUUAUUUUAAUGACAUGUUUUUACUUUUGUUGUGCUUUGAGUGCAGUUCAUUUGUUUUACGAGGUGGGUGAUAUUAAUCAUUAAGAGGUAUAUAUUUCAAUAUGUUUUGUGUAUUCAACUGGAUUGACUUUUAAAACUAUUUGACCUGCAGCUGUAAUAAGUAAUAGCGCUGACCUGUGUUAUUUUGCUUGUCAGAAGACUUUGCGUUUGAAGUUUUCUGCUAACUAAGUUCCCUAAACUCAACAUUAUUUUGUUGAAAUUCCUGAUAUUUUUGUCAUCAGAAAUGUUACUAGUAUUGAAAAUUUGAAAUGUAUGUCUUUCUCAGGCAGUGAUGUAGUCCAUUUUAAGUUUCUGUUAACUAAGUUCCCUAACUCAACAUUGCUUUGUUGAAAUUCCUGAUAUUUUUGUCGUCAGAAAUGUUACUAGUAUUUAAAAUUUGAAAUGUUUGUCUUUCUCAGGCAGUGAUGUAGUCCAUUUUAAAGGUUUCAUCUUCUUUUAUUCUUAUCUGUAGCUCUUAUUUUACUCCUGAUUUUAAACAGCAUUCAUCCAAUUAUUUGAAUUAGUAUUGAUCAUAAGCACAAAAUUAUACGUAAGUAAAAUGUUAUCUUUAAAAUGUUAUCUUUAUUUCAUGGUGUAAAUGAUAUUUAUGUACAUUUAAUUUAACUAUUUUUAAGGUUUGUCCAGAUGCAUAGCAAUUUCAACCUUUACUUUACCCUGGUUUCAGGGAAAAUAUUAUGAUGGGAUGUGAGAAUGAUAAUCGUGAAACUUCAGAGUAUAUAUUUAUGAUGAUAUUUGUCAUUAAGAUAAAGACUCUCCGAAAUGAAA